GCACGGACGGCGCUGACGGGCCAGUGCUCGGCCGGCAUCCUCAUUCGCCGCCCACGCCGCGCCGCCCUCGCCGCGACACCGUAAGCCCAGCCCGCGCCACUCCACGCACUCCAACACCACCAGCCAACACGAGGAGGAGCAGCGAACCCGGACGCCGACCCACCCGCAGGCACCAAGCACCGGCAAACCCAAACCCAGAAACCGACAAACCCAACCAAGACAUGGCCGAGAAACAUGAAGUCGUCAUCUCGGGGAUCGGGGGCAUGUUCCCGGGCAGCGCCAACCUGGAGACGCUGGGGAAGAACAUCCUGGCCAACGAGUACCUGGUGACGCGCGAGGAGUCGGUCUGGAACCAGAACCAAAUGACCGACGUGGAGCCCGUGGCGGGGCGGCUCCCGGACUGGGACCAGAGCGACAACCCCUUCUUCGGCAUGCACAACAAGCUGUCCAUCUGGACGGACCCCACCACGAAGCUCGGUUUCGAGCGAUGCUUCGAGGCCAUGAUCGACGCAGGUGUGCACCCCGCGUCGCUGCGCGGCUCCAACACGCAGGUGUUCGUCGGCAUGCACCUCUCGGACAACGAGGCGGGCAGCUUGGCGUACAUGGACAAGUCUGACGGCUACGGCAUCAUGGGGCACAGCAGGGCCAUGAGCUCCAACAGGGUGUCCUACUUCUUCGGCUUCACCGGACACAGCUGCACCUACUCGGCGGCGGAGGCGUUCGGGCCGCUGGGGGUGCGCAUGGCAGCCGAGGCCAUCUCCUCGGGGCAGUGCGAGGCCGCGCUCGUCGUCACCUCCACCACCAUCUGCGUGCCCUCCAUCAGCCAGAUGUACAAGGACAUGGGCUACCUCAGCCAGGACCUCUUAUGCCACCCCUUCGAGGAGACAGCCACCGGCAUGCACCGCAGCGAGUGCUGCAUCGCCUUCCUCCUGCAGCGCGCCGACCUGGCCAAGCGCUGCUACGCCACCGUGGUGGCGGCGGACGCCGUGCACCUCGGCAGCAGGCUGCGCUUCGACUUCACGCUGCCCAGCCCGGCCGGCCUGCAGGCCUUCCUCAACAACAUGUACACGGAGCACGACGUGGACCCCCGCUCCGUGGCGUACGUGGAGGCGGACGGCAUCGGCCACCACCUCUCCGACGUGACGGAGCUCAACGCCCUGGACGGGGCCAUCGGCCGCAGCCGGCCCGCGGGGCAGCCGCUGCUCGUGGGCUCCGUCAAGAGUAACGCGGGCCACACCGAGGUGUGCUCCGGCAUGUUCGGCAUGGUGAAGGCCAUCGUGGCCAUGGAGUCGGGCGUGAUCCCCGCCACCAUCAACCACGUCCAGGACGUGGCCGACGCCAAGUGCCUGGCCGAGGGCAGGCUCAAGGUGGUGACGAAGAACACCCCGCUGGAGGUGCGCCCCGACACGCACGUGGCCGUCAACACCAUGUCGCUGUCCGGGCUGUGCGGCCACACCAUCCUGCGGCCCAACCCCAAGGCCAAGACGCUCGUCGCGGACGCCUCCAAGGAGCUGCCGAGGCUCGUGGUGCUGUCCGGCCGCAGCGAGGAGGCGCUCACCAAGAUGGCGGAGAAGGUCCGCGCGUCGCCGUACGACCCGGAGUACAUCCGCCUGCUGCAGGACACCUUCGGGCCGUCCAUCCGCGGCUACGAGUACCGCAGCUACGUCAUCUUCCCCGCGGACCCCACGCAGGCCAUCAAAGUCUCCCACGUGGACAAGCGCACCGUGUGGUUCGUGUUCUCCGGCAUGGGCAGCCAGUGGGCGGGCAUGGGCUCCAGCCUGAUGCAGCUGCCGGUGUUCGCGGAGACCAUCGAGCGCCUGCACGCCGUGCUGGCGCCCAAGGGCGUGGACCUCAAGCACAUCAUCACGGAGACGGGCCCCACGGCCUUCGACAACAUCCUCAAGUCGUUCGUGGGCAUCACCGCCUGCCAGAUCGCGCUCACCAACGUGCUGUUCGCCGUGGGCCUGCGCCCCGACGGCAUCAUCGGCCACUCCGUGGGGGAGCUGGGGUGCGCGUACGCCGACGGCUGCCUGACCGAGGCGCAGACCAUCCUGGCGGCGUGGGCGCGAGGCAAGGCCUCCAACGAGGCCAAGCUCAUCAAGGGCAUGAUGGCGGCCGUGGGGCUGGGCUACAAGGCCAUCCUGCCGCGCCUGCCGCCCACCGUGGAGGUCGCCUGCCACAACUCGUCCACCUCGUGCACCCUGUCCGGCCCCGCCGAGGACGUCAAGAACUUCGUCGCCAAGCUGAGCAGCGAGGGCGUGUUCGCGCGCAACGUCAACGUGUGCGACAUCGCGUACCACUCGCAGUGCAUCCAGCCCGCCGCGCCCUUCCUGCGCCGCUACCUGGAGGAGGUCAUCCCCGAGCCCAAGAAGCGCUCCUCCAAGUGGAUAUCCACCUCGGUGCCCCAGCACCUCAUGGAUACCCCUGCCGCCCAGUACUGCUCCGCCGAGUACCAGACCAACAACCUGCUGAGUUCGGUGCUGUUCGAGGAGGGUCUGGCGUACGUCCCCGAGCAGGCCGUGCUGGUGGAGAUCGCUCCCCACGGCCUGCUGCAGGCCAUCCUCAAGCGCGCGCUGCCCAACAACGUGAACAUCCCGCUGACGCAGCGCGACCACGCCGCGCCACUGCACUUCCUGCUGGAGGCGCUCGGCAGGUUGACGUUCCACGGCGCCGAGCUGGACGUGGCCAAGCUGUACCCCGAGGUGAACUUCCCCGUGUCCAGGGGCACCCCGUCGAUCUCCCCGCUCGCGACGUGGGAGCUGGGCGCCAGGUACUACGGUGCCUUCUUCUUGUCCUGCCGCUCGGGCGAGGCCACCACGCAGCUGUACAACGACAGCCCCCACAUGCGCGUGGGCGGCGCCAAGCUGCUGCCGUACAGCGAGGCGCUGGACUCGGCGUGGACGGCGCGCGGCAUCCUCGACAACGACCAGGACGUGGCCGUGUCGCUCAGGAACAUCGUGGUGCACAACAAGCUGCAGCUGCCGCAUGACGAGGCGAUGGAGUUGUCGACCAAGGUGUCGCCGGCCCAGGGCUCCUUCGAGGUGGAGGAGACGUACGCGGAGCGCCUGGUGAUCUCGGGUACCGCCACGAGCCUGCAGGCGGAGGACGCACCGCCCGCCCUGCCGGACGAGUCCUUCCCCGCCGACGCCCUCACGCUCAGCGGGCAGGACAUCCUGGCCGACCUCGCCGCCAAGGGCUUGUCCUACUCGCCCAAGUACAACGCCCUCAAGUCCGUCCUGGUCGGCAACCGCGACUGGAUCAUCCGCCUGGACAGCAGCUGCCCGCGCGCCGCCAUCCUGGAGGCCCUGCUGCAGGUGCUGCAGUACCGCGCCUCGGAGGAGGCCAUGGGCUUGGUGCUGCUCAAGCGGCUGCUGCGGCUCGACGUGGACCCCGUCAAGAUGAGGGAGCGUGACGAGGUCGUGGUGCGCUAUUCCUUGUCCUCCGGCGCCAUGUCGGGGCACGGCAUCUACGCGAUGGGCUUCGAGGGCAUGAAGGAGGACAACCCCGACGAGGGCUCGUUCACGUCGCCGCUCAACUUCCAGUUCGUCCGCUACGGCAACAGCAACCUCCAGAGCGUGGGCGAGUUCGUGAGCCUGGCCGUGCAGCUCGCCCUGGAGGGCUUGCCCACCACCAAGAAGGACUGCAGCAUCACCAUCCUGGAGCUGCAGAACUGCUCCGGCCCCAACGUGCUGGGCCCGGCCGUGCGCAGCCUGCUGCAGGAGAAGAUGGGCAUCAAGGUGAACGUGAAGACGCUGAGCGUGGGCUCGGGCAGGAGCCUGUCGCUGCCCGAGGUGGAGCAGGGCAUGUGCCUGACGGUGAGCGCGCCCAACACGCUCACGGAGGGCGUGCGGGUGGCCGCGCACGUCGGCGGCCUGCUGCUGACGCGGUCCUCGGAGCGCGUCUCCACCCUGCACAGCCAGAUGGGGCUGGUGGCGGAGCAGCGCACGGGCGCGGACGGCGAGUGGGUGAGCCUGCUGCGCCGCCCCGUGGCCGUGGUCCCCGAGCGCGCGCGCGUUCUGCAGAUGGCGCGCGGACAGGCGCCGCCCGCCCGCGUGCUGGAGGCCGGCCCCGACCACCCCGUCGUCCUGGUGUGGCGCGGCCAGCCCGACGGCGGCGUGCCCCAGGUCGUCGACCAGGUGCGGCGUCGCCCCUACGCCGCCUACGCCAGGCUGGUGUUCAUCCUGGACGAGAGCGCGCCCGCCUUCUCGCUGACCGACCCCCUGUACGCCGGCCAGCUCAAGCUGCAGCUGCAGGUGAACGUGCUGCACCGCAAGACGUGGGGCUGCUGGCUCGGGCUGCCGCUGGUCGGCGCCGCGCCCGCCGCCUUCUCCGCCAGCAGCCUGGAAGGCACCACCAUCGAGGCCUACGGAUUCAACCCCAAGGAACGCAGCCCGACCAGUGCCCAGCAGGUGUGGUGUGGCCACCUGGACUACGUCGGCGUGUCCCCCAAGGGCCAGCGCGUGAUGGGCAUCGCCCGUUGGGUGUCCGAGACCAGCCGGCCGCGCCUGGACAGCAUGCUGCAGUGGGCUGUGCCCCAGGGCUGGAGCUCGGCCGACGCCGCCACCGUCCCCUACGUCUACGCCAACGUGUACCACGCGCUGACGGUGGUCGCGGGCCUGAAGCGCGGCCAGAGCAUCAUGGUGCACGAGGGCGCCUCCGCCGUGGGCCAGGCCGCCAUCCGCGUGGCCUUGCAGCUGGGCUGCUCCAUCUUCACGACGGUGGGCGACGAGUCGCAGCGCCGCGCCCUGCGCCUCCUGUUCCCCCAGAUCGAGGACCGGCGCGUCAUGUCGUGCGCGGACGGCGCCACGUCCUUCGAGUGGCGCAUCCGCACGCUCACCAACUCCGCCGGCGUCGACGUGGUGUUCAGCGCGCUGCCCGGCGACCAGAUGAAGGCCUCCAUGCGCUGCCUGCAGCACUUCGGCAAGAUGGUGCACUACGGCCGCGAGGACAUGCUGGCCUCCACCACGAUAGGGCUCUUCAUCUUCCUGCAGAGCUUGAGCUUCACCGGGCUGACCGGCGACCAGCUGUUCCUGGCCAACGAGGAGGACCGCCGCCUGGUGCACGCCGCGGUGCAGGAGGGCCUGGACAGCGGCCACGUGCAGCCCAUCGAGGGCACCAGGGUGUUCAACGCGACCAACCUGGCGAGCAUCAAGGAGGCCCUCCUCAGUGUGCGCGGCGAGUACCCGGCGCCCUCCAAGGUGGUCAUUUCCGUCCACAAGAACAAGCGGCAGGACGAGUGUAGCGGCAAGAGGAGCUACGUCAUUGUCGGAGGCCAACAGCACGAGUGGCUGCAGGUGGCUGGGUGGGUGGCGCAGCACGGCGCCCACGAGGUGCUCGUCGUGGCCGACAGCGCGUCCGCCAGCCCGUCCCUGGUGCGCCACCGCCAGCGCGCCCUGCGCCGCCUGUUCGACACCAACGUGCGCGUGCAGCUCGAGGACAACCUGGCCAAGAGCUUGGACGAGGGCAAGGCGCUGCGCGCCCUGAAGACCGCCGCCAACGCGGCCCCCGUGGACGCCGUCAUCGCCCUGGUCAAGGACGACGCGUCCGUGGUGACGGUGCUGCACGCCGCCAUGAAGAAGGACGGCCUGUCGGACGCGUCGCUGGUGGUGCUGGCCGAGAGCGCGCUGACGGCGUGCGGCUUGUCGGAGCUCUGCGAGUCCCGGCGGGCCAGCGGGCUGCGCGCCGCGUGCAUCGCGGGGCCGCUCAACAGCGCCGCCGCGCACUUGGUGGACCUGCUGGGCGGCUGCAGGCCGGCCGUGACGCUCCUCAAGGCCGCGGGCCCCGCCGCGGACGACGCGCUGCACGAGGUGCCCGACGGCGUCCCGCGCGACGCGCAGGCGCUGCUGGAGCUGGGCCGCGUGCCGAGGACGGCGGCGUCGUGCCACGUGCGCGACAUGCCCACCCUGGGGCUGCGCCUGCGCCACAGCCGCGAGGCCCUGCCCGUGUUCGCGGUGCCCCCGCUCGGCGUCCUGGACCAGCAGGGGCAGUCCGCCCUGGCCGCGCUCGCGCUCCGCAUCAUCAACCCCAUGAUGCUCGUGCAAGCCGCCCCCGCCGACACCCUCGGGCAGCAGGCCGCCGCCGUGGUGCAGGCGAUCGUCCGCACCCACCCCGUGGGGCCCUACACCGUGCUGGGCUGGGGCCUGGGCACGCCGCUGGUGCUGGAGGUCAGCCGGCAGCUGGAGGCGCAAGGCCACAAGGCCGUCACCAUGCUCGUCCUGGGCGACGUGCUGCAAGUGCAGGCCUGGGCCCAGGAGCAGGCCGACGCCUCCCUGCUCAGGACCAUCUUCUCGGACGAACAGUCGCAGGAGAUCCUGGAGAACGCGGCCGACCCCCUCCGCGAGCUGCUGGCCACGCUGCCAGAGAGCCAGCGCGGCCGCGCCGAGGCAGGCUUCCUCACGCUGCGCACCGCCGUCAACGCCCUGGCCAGGCACACCUCCAACCUCGCGGACCCCUUCCGCGGCCGGCUCAUCGACGUGCAGGCCGACAGGGCCUCCUCCUUCACCAGGGCCAACAACGUGCUGUCCCGCAUCGCGCCGCGCCAGGAGGUGCCGCUGGGACUCCGCAGCACGUGGCUCGCCACCCUCAUCAUGGAGUACUCGGGCGUGUCCAAGGAGGCCACGCUCAGCGAGGUGCGGCCGCUCCUCGCUGCCCUCGCGUGACCAACUCUCCCCUCCCCGACUCCGACGACGCCUUUUAUGUACAAAUAAAAUUCGAAAAUAAAAUAUAGCGGCUUCCUGAUUAAA